AUGCUGCCCAACGAUAAUGACGUUGAACCAUUGGUAUGCGUUAUCCCGGAGCCUGAGGUCUCUGAUCUUGAAUUGUGGCAACUUAUCCCCAGCUCGGCCGGUCGGUACCAAAUCAAGAAUCUCAAGUAUAAGCACGCCGCCAUUGCCCAAUACCCAUAUAAAGACUCUAUGCCAGUAGUUGGAUCAGAGGGAAAGUGUUGGUGGUUCAUCGAGAGAGUGGGCGCAGAAAUUGAUCCAGAAGGUUACUUCAUUCGAUAUAAUGUCAAGACUGACUUAUGUUGGCAUCUCUACGACGGUUCCGAUAUCACACCAAUAUAUCUACGACCUUUUGCGAUAGGUCGUCGAUGUAUUUGGAAGAUUUCUCCAUACGAUCAUUCCAGCGUCGAUACAGUGGCAGCUCAUUUGAUGGUUCCUUCGCAACCGGCUUCCUCGUCCAGUCCAAGUAGUUCAAUGAAGCUACUGACGGUCUUCAGCUCGACACUUGACACACGUAUAGAGGCUCAUCUCUUUAUAGCCUUAACACGUUUUGAUUCAACUUACACUAUUCUUACCUAG